CGAAAGAGGGCGCUCUGUCGUUUGAAUUACUCGUGCAACGCAACCUGUUUUCUGCCAAAAUCUCUUGAAUUCCUGCUUUCUAGAAGCGACCCACCAUGGGUGACAUUAAGACAUUCCUGUACAGUUUCUGUGGUAAAAAGAAAGUGACACCAAAUUAUGAGAUCAAAAACUCUGGCCCAAAACAUCGACAGCGGUUUCUGUGUGAAGUAAGAGUGCCAACCUACAACUAUGUUGGUGUUGGGAACUCCACUGGGAAAAAGGAAGCCCAGUCCAAUGCAGCCAGAGACUUCUUGAUGUAUCUGGUGAGAGUAGGAGAAGUCAGAGAAGUUGACGUGCCUUCCCUAUCUCAGUCCAAACCACCGGAAGACUAUGGAGAUGAAAAGGGGCCUGCUGACUUACCGUCAAGUGUGGCUCAAGCACCUCAUCUUGCCAUUGGAGUUGGAAUGGCACCCCCACAAGGUGAAGGAGGUAGUGAGUCUGGGUUUGGACAGCAACAAUUUGAAGGAGGCGGUGGGAUGCCUUCAUAUCAACGCAACUUCUUCGAUACCAGAGGAGAAAAGAGAAAACUUGAAGAGUCUGAGAGCGUGGAUCUAAACGCAGGUAUCCAUGGUAACUGGACUCUGUCCAAUUCCAAGUCUCGUCUUCACCAGUAUCUUCAAGUCAACCGUCUGCCGGCUGACUACAAGUACUCAUCGGUCGGACAGGAUCAUAACAGGAGCUUUGUUGCAGAAUUAUCCCUGUUCAUCAAGUCAGCUCGUCGUACAAUCCAUGCCAGGGAGCAGGGGUCCAAUAAGAAGACAGCCUCUCUCUCCUGCGCUCUUUCCCUCGUUAGACAACUCUUCCACAUGAGGGAGAUUGAGCCGUUCACUGGAGAGACCAAGAAGCGCAAGAUAGAAAGCCUGGAACCAUACAGUGUGUCUUUAGUGGAUGAGGUUGAAGACAAGUUAACAAACGCAGUCCACGAGCUUGAACUGUUCAUUUUCCCUGAACCUACAAACCCGAAUGAACCAGUGGUGUUGACAUUGGACAAGAACAAGCAGACGUUUGAGAAUCCAGAGGGCCCUCGAGGUGCCUAUGGGGUGUCCUGGUCGCCCCCUCAAGCCAAUUGGAACCCUUGGCUUAACUGUAAUAUCGACGAGGGACCACUCUCUCAUAUGACGUUGGAGCAAGUCAGCGAGGAGAUAUACCAAGACUCCUUGAUGAAGGAGCAGAACUCAAAGUAUCAGAAGAUGCUGGAAGAGCGCAAGUCUUUACCCAUCUUCCAGACCCAGGAUUCUAUCGUGGACGUGAUCACCCGUAACCCGGUGGUCAUCAUUCGUGGGGCUACAGGGUGUGGUAAGACCACCCAGGUACCUCAGUUUAUCCUGGACAGCUACAUCAAAGCAGGAAGGGGUGCCUUCUGCAACAUCAUCGUCACACAGCCUCGUCGAAUCAGUGCAGUGUCCAUCGCGGAGCGUGUUGCUUGUGAGAGAGCUGAAGACCUGGGUUUAAGCUCUGGUUACUCAGUAAGGUUUGACACUAUUAGACCACGCCCACAGGGAGCUCUACUCUUCUGCACUGUGGGCACCCUUCUACGGAAGUUGGAGGCGGGGCUGAGGGGCGUAUCCCAUGUUGUUGUUGAUGAGAUUCACGAGAGAGAUCUUAAUACUGACUUUCUACUGGUGGUCCUAAGAGACAUGCAGCGAGCCUUUCCAGAGCUAAGGGUAAUCCUCAUGUCAGCUACUAUCGACACUACGAUGUUCAGCUGUUACUUCGGUGAUUGCCCCGUUGUAGAAGUAUACGGGCGUGCCCAUCCAGUGCAAGAGUAUUAUCUGGAAGACAUUGUACAGAUGCUGAACUUUGUGCCUGGACCUAAUACAAGGAAGAGCAAGAAUAAAAGCAGAGAUGACGAUGACGAGGAUGAUGCAGAGGAUGAGUUUGCUGAGAAUAUGAACAAGAUGGUUUCUGAUCAGUACUCUGAGCGUACGCGUCGGGCCAUGGCACAGAUGAGCGAAAAGGAAAUGAACUUUGACCUUAUUGAGGCCCUGCUGACUUACAUUAAUAACCUCGGAGUAGAAGGUGCCGUCUUGGUGUUCCUUCCCAGCUGGAAUUGGAUCUUUGCUCUCAUGAGACACUUACAGGAACACCCUAAAUUUGGAUCUCGUAGCUAUUUGAUCCUACCACUUCACUCCCAGGUACCCAGAGAGGACCAGCACAGGGUGUUUGAGUCGGUGCCAAAUGGUGUGACAAAGAUCAUUCUAUCCACCAACAUCGCAGAGACUAGUAUCACCAUCAAUGAUGUAGUGUACGUUAUUGAUAUAUGCAAAUGCAAGACCAAGUUGUUCACAUCCCACAACAACAUGACCAACUACGCUACCAUCUGGGCCUCUAGGAGUAAUCUAGAGCAGAGACGUGGACGUGCUGGCCGUGUACGACCUGGCUUUGCUUUCCAUCUCGUCAGUAGGGCUCGCUUUGAAAAACUUGAGGAGCAUGCCACCCCAGAGAUCUUCCGAACCCCACUCCAUGAGCUUGCCUUGACCAUCAAGCUUCUACGUCUGGGUAACAUUGCUGACUUCCUUGGUAACGCUAUCGAGCCACCUCCAUUGGACUCGGUGGUAGAGGCUGUGGCCGCCCUGAAAGAGAUGCAUGCCUUGGAUGGUGAUGAGGAGCUUACUCCACUAGGGAAGAUCCUCGCUAAGAUGCCCAUGGAACCCAAGCUAGGCAAGAUGAUCAUCUUAGGAUGCUGUUUCUUUGUUGGCGAUGCCAUGACAAUCAUAGCUGCUAGCACUGUGUUCUCUGAGCCUUUCGUUACCCACAUGGGCAAAGUGACCAAUGCACACAAAGCGUAUGGAGGAAUCCGUCGUAGUGACCAGAUCGCUGUACUCGGCUGCUUCCAAGAAUGGGAGCAGGCAUUAUCUAACGGUGGGGAAGAAGCGGCAAUGAAUUACUGCGACAGGAAGCAGCUGCAGAUGACCUCAUUACGUAUGAUCUAUGAAGCCAGGAACCAACUGAAGGACAUUCUGAUCAUGGAAGGAUUUCCAGAGCAUUGCACAGAGCCCGAGUUUUUCAACUUCAACGGUCCUGACGUCAAACUAGAGGUUGUUGUCAGUCUACUGGCCAUGGGUCUAUCCCCCAAUGUAUGCUACCACAAAGAGAAGCGGAAGCUGCUGACCACUGAGAACAAGUCCGCUCUCAUCCACAAGUCCUCGGUCAACUUCAGCAAGUUUGAGCAGACAUUCCCGUCGCCAUUUUUUGUCUUCACCGAGAAGAUACGAACCCGUGCGGUGUCGGCCAAGGGAAUGACCAUGGUGUCUCCGCUACAGCUGCUGCUGUUUGGUGCAAGGGUUGUGGAGAGUUCAGAGGGAAUGAUCAAACUGGACGACUGGGUCCAGCUGGUCAUGCCACACUCCUCAGCAGCUAAGAUCGUUGCGCUUCGUCCAGCCGUAGAAGCCCUCAUCUUCAAUAUGACUGCCAACCCGGAUAAUGUCAUGUCCCCCUCCCCUCAGGACGAGACGCUGAUGAACAUCAUACGCGAGCUCUCCUCACCAAGGGCGGGCUUCUUCGGAGGCAACAAAGAAGAGUCGUUUGAAGAAUCAGGACCCAGUGGUCCAUCCGGCCCGCCCAGAUAUCGGUUCAGCAGACCCCCAGGUUAUGAAGGUGUAGGCAGGGGAGGUCGUGGGGGCAGCAGAGGUGGCUUCAGAGGGGGUUACGGUGGUGGUGGUGGUGGUGGUGGUGGUGGUGGUGGUGGGUUCAGAGGUCGAGGUGGUGGUGGCAGCUUCGGGGGAGGUCGUGGUGGUGGAUUUGGGGGAGGUCGUGGUGGUGGCUUCAGGGGUGGAUACGGGGGAGGGAGUGUUUUCGGAGGAGGGCAAGGUGGUGGUGGAUUUGGGGGAGGUCAGGGUGGUAGUGGAUUUGGGGGAGGUAGGGGGGGUGAUGGAGGGGGUCGUGGGGGAUUCCGAGGAUUCGGGGGGUUCCAAGGCGGGAGAGGAGGCAACUUCAGAGGAGGGAAUCAAGGUGGGGGAGGAUGGUAAAGGAAACUGCCAUGCAAUGAAAGGUUUCUCAUGUUCGUAAAUGGUAAAGUUGGACACAAAGCUUACUUGAAAUAUUGUUACGCUUUCAUUUACCAUUUCAAAAGAAAAUGUUGUUUAUGAAUAUACUUGCUCGACAAAAAAUUUGUACAAAUAGCUUGUUGCGAACAGUUUCCUAACGAAUGUUGACAUCACAAAUUUGCAACAAAUUAUUCGCAGCAGUUCAACUUUGCUUAACUCACUUGCGAAUAUCGCUG